AUGCAUACCAGAGUGCUAUUACUUCGGCUACUGGUGCUCGUCAGCGGUAUGCGAUUGUGGCCGACGGUCGCCGCGGCCGACAGUGUGGGCGCCGGUGGCGGCGGACGCACCGGUAGUACGUCGGACCCGCGGACAGCCGCCGGUCGACCGGUGCUGAGCACCAAAGCGAACGGCGCGCUCCUGAAGGCGAUCGAGUCGCGGCUGUUCCGCUCGUUUGGGUUGACACAGCGACCCCGGCCUACCCUCGCGCACCGGCUACUGGUGCCCCAGUAUAUGCUCGACCUGUACCGCGACCAACAUCUCGCCAACAGUCACACAGACAGUGACGAUGACUAUACAGACACAGACACUCACCACCAUCGCAGCCAUCAACAACAACAGCCACAUCACAGCUCCCAUUCCCCUCCACAGCCAUCACAUCCCACUCAUCCGCAGCCCCCCUCCCAUCCCCAGCGCCGGCACAGUGACAGUGACCGCCAGACACCUGGUGGUGGCCAAGGAUCCGGUGCACCACAUCCGCAGCGAAGCCAUACUAAUAAGAGAUUUAGUUUAAGUGGUUUCGCAAAUACUAUUAUAAGUCAUAAACAGCAUUAUGAAGAUGCCGGUGAUGUUGAAUACGACAAUGCAAAUAGUGUACGAUUACUGUUCAAUAUAAGCAUAAGUAGUGAUGAAGUACUGAAAGGCGCUGAACUGCGUCUCUAUAGACAGUCAAUACUAAAUGCACUGAAAUCUCAAUCAAAAACUCAUACAAUUAGUAAAAGUUCCUCAAAAAACGCGUCCCGACAGCAGCCCAGGCCACUGGACAGGCCGGUCAGCAAUAGUAACAGUGCUUCUGGUGAUCAGCGCCGGCAGCCCCAGAAAAAGCCAUCGGAUGACUGGCAACGAUGGUUCAUAAGAGUGGAUAUAAACGACAUACUGGAGCUGCCGCGGGACAGGUCCGCGGAGUUCAUACUCAGGCCUAUAGACACUCAUGUGGUGGACGUGAGGGUCACUGAGUGGACCAGUUUCGACGUCUACCCAGCGGUGCAACGCUGGCAACGAGAUCCCGGCGCUAACCACGGAUUAUAUGUGACAAUCAGUAUGUUUAAUGGCACUCAGCCUACGCCCGACACCCAUAGAGCACACGUGCUCUUAAAGCCAACGUUCCUCACCAGCAAACAUGAGAAUAGUAACCACAUUAACACUAAUCCCAAAUCCCAGUCCGCGAGCACACGAUCAGCACCUGUAGCUCCACUGUCAUCACCUGUCGCUGGUCUAGUGUUAGCUACUAAUGACAAAUCGUCGCCUAAUUCCUGGCGAAACAGUGCUAACUGUGCCCACACUCACCACAACACUCACCGCACAUCUGCAGCUGCAGAGACUGUGGCGGUGAUCGAGGGGGCGGUGAGGGGGGAGGCGGGGGAUGAGGCUGUGCCCCAACACCAGUGCAAACAUAAGACAAUAGACAACAAAUCUGAUCAACAAUUCGGUGACAAUGGGGUCGACACUACUGUCGACCAGCGCCUCAAUGACAUUGAGGACGACUACUGGGCCCACAUUCAGCCCUUACUGUUGACGUACACGUCGGACCCCAUAAGCGAACAGACAGCCAACGCGCGGGCCAAACGUCAGGCCCACUCGGGAGGCGCUGGUCGGCGCCGACACCGGGGGAAGGGUCGCAAAGACAACUGUCGCCGGCACUCGCUGUACGUGGACUUCUCGGACGUCGGUUGGAACGACUGGAUAGUGGCCCCUCCCGGCUACCAGGCCUACUACUGCUCGGGCGAGUGUCCCUUUCCCCUGUCGGAUCACCUGAACUCGACAAACCACGCCAUAGUGCAGACACUCGUGAAUUCGGUGAACCCGUCGGCCGUGCCUAAGGCCUGUUGCAUACCAACCGAGUUGUCACCCAUUUCUAUGCUCUAUGUGGACGAGUACGACAAAGUGGUGCUCAAAAACUAUCAGGAUAUGGUGGUGGAGGGCUGUGGCUGUCGCUAA